UUUAUCAUUCCAGUGGAACUCAGAGAGGCUUGCAGAUAAGUGUCCCUCUCGCGGGAAUUGUUGCAUUGUCGCUUUGCAUCCACAAGGAACAGUCAAAUAGUGUUCAUUUUAGUUUUAUCAGUUGGAAAAAUAAUUGUAAGUGGAAUUGAAAUUUAACAAAAUUGCGAAAAUGGGUAAUGAUUCUGGACGUUUUAUCGAAAUGAACAAUAGCGGAAAUUAUGUAAUGUCAGCUGUGGGCAAUCGGAACUGCUAUUACAAUGACCUGUGCAUGGUUGAAAGCGAGUACUUUGACUAUAUGUACACCACCGGCAUCUUUCCGGACACAAGCCAGUGGAUUCUUAUUGCAGCUUACAUUGUCGUGUUUCUGGUCGGACUUGUGGGCAAUGUGCUGGUAUGUUGCGUGAUAUGGAAGAACCGCAGCAUGAGGACUGUGACCAACAUAUUCAUAGUAAACCUCUCCAUUGCGGAUAUUGCCGUUAUAGUCAUGUGUUUGCCGCUCACUUUGCUGGUUGAUAUAACCGAAACGUGGUUUUUAGGCACAGUUAUGUGUAAGAUUAACCAGUUUACCAUGACGAUAUCCAUCGCAGUCUCUGUGCUCACGCUGACAGCCAUUUCUGUGGAACGCUGGUACGCCAUUUGUCAUCCUCUCAGUUUCCAUAGCACCGUUCGGCGAGCACGUGUUAUCAUUUUCGGCAUUUGGCUACUGUCCUCGUGCGUUGCAUUGCCCGAAACAAUCGCUGCGGAGGAGGUGCGUCAAUGGCACGAAUAUGUAUUAUUUGCCGCCUGCUAUCCUGUGAAAUUGGGGCUAACUGGUUUAAUGAUUUGGCAAUUCUGCCUGAUCAUCGGGUUGUACGUGUUGCCGAUCUGCCUGAUGGGAUUCACAUACACCCAUAUUGCAUACGUACUCUACACUGGCGGAGUACCGGGAGAACCAAGAACACAAGGGCCAAUGUUAGGCAGUUCUAGAAACGAAAAUGAGGCUCAGUUAGAUGCAAGAAAAAAAGCCGCGAAAAUGUUAUUUGCAAUUGUUCUUCUAUUUGCGCUGUGCUUUUUACCUAAUCAUCUGUUGAAUAUAUUGCGGUAUGCUGGUGUAUUGAAUGAUGUGGAGAACGUCAAAACAUUCGCUCUUGUUGCCCAUCUUGCUAUAUUUCUUAACAGCUGUCUGAAUCCAAUCAUUUAUAACUUCAUGAGUGACAAGUUCCGGAAGGCAUUCCGUCAGGUUGUGAUGACCUGUCUCCAUUGUCGCUGCAAGAAGGCCAGGGAAACGUGUGGGGUUAACGAUGGUUAUAAGGUCACCUUCAAAAGUAUGCCCACCAUAAAUUCUAACCUUAAUUCCAGGAGUCGAGAUACAGCCACAAAACAGUCCACGUAUUCAGGAGUAUAAUCGUUUUGAGGCGAACAGCAGCUGACUGUUUAUCCUUUUAGACCCACAUUAAUUUUACUGUUUAUAUUUUGGUACGACUAAGUUAUUAACGUUUGUCGCACCAUCUCUACUUUUCUUGUACUUUUAUGUUACAAUUUUACUCAAACAGGAUAAAGGAGUUUCAGUAUAAGCUCGUUAUCUUUUUCGGGAUGCACCAAAUGCUAUAUUUUACGAGUGGCGUAGCUACAAGUCAAACAUGUAAUUUUGGAGUUCACGAGGUGAAAUGCAUUGCGAUCUUCCACUUAAACUGGCAUUUCUUUCUUUAGAUAAGAUCCCUUUAAAUGUUUAAAAUUACAUUUUAUUGUAGUUUAACUCGGCAAACUGUAUGCGAACGAAAGUCAAUUUGGAAAUGACUUCGGUGAAAUGUGUUCCACUCGUGCAAGCCGAUGAUUGAUUUAAAAUGAUAGCGUGCUAAAAUUUCAAAACAGUGAUUUUUUUUCACUGCUUUAUUCAGUGUAAUAUCAUUUUUAUUCUAAAAUGUCUAUAAACCAUCGAAAAGCAUAAAUGCACAUUUCAUGUCACCUGUUUACCAUUGGCAUGAUGUCAGGAACCGUUUUUAUUACCACUAUACUAUUGUGUGUAUGAUUCAUUAAAAGUUAUUCUGUGAAUUUAAAAUAAUAAAAAAAUAGAAAUGGCUAUUGUUUUCUCAGCUUUAUG